AUGUCCAUCAAUAAUUCAACUGGGUCUGUGCUUAGAAACCAUCCCGAUAUUGUGGUAAACUGGCGAGGUUUGCUCGGAGAGUUGUGUGGAACUUCAUUGUAUACUUUCAUGGGAUGUACAGCUGCUAGUUUUUCAACUGGAGACGUAUUUCAGACCUCUCUAUGCCAAGCUUUCACUCAAGUGGCUUGUUUUCAUAUAUUCGCACCAAUAAGCGGAGCACAUUUCAAUCCAAUCAUAACACUAGCAACUCUCAUCACUAGAAAUAUUGGAAUUUUAACAGGUAUACUGUAUAUUGUGAUGCAAAUUAUAGGAGGAGUAAUUGGAGCUGCAUUUUGUUUAUUGGUCACAAAAUCGAUACAACCUGCUAUUUUACAACCUCCACAAGAUUUAGGAGAUGCAUUUCGAGCAUUUGCCUUGGAAAUUAUUCUUGGAUUUUUUAUUGUUAUGACCAUGUUUGGAUCAUUUAUCAAGUCACAACACUUGAGCCAAGAAACUGGACUGGAACCAAUAUCUUCUGUAGUGGCAACUGUUCCUGUUGCAUUAGCUAUAGGAGGAGGUGCCCUUGUGAAUGGAAGUAUGAAUCCUGUUCGAACUCUCGGCUCACAAAUAAUAGGAUGGACUUGGUAUCCAAAUUGUUGGAUUUAUUUCACUGCACCAUUUAUUGGUGGAGCACUAGGAGGACUUUUCUAUGAAUUUAUUGUGACAAAACCAAGAAGAAAUUACAUUUCCCUUAAAUAA